AUGACACCACGCCUCCACGAGUUCAAGAUGGAUGCUGGAACGGCCAUGGCAAAGCAUUUGAACGCCUUUGACGAGCUCGUUGUCGGUAUUCAGAAGCUUGGAGAGCCUGUCGACGAGGCACGGCAGCUGGUAGUGCUCCUGAAUAGCCUUCCAGCCGAAUACGAGCUGAUAUCAUCUAUCAUCGAGAACGCCAAGGACAUCACGCUCACCGAGGUGAAAGAGAAGCUGUUGAAGGAGUGUGAACGAUUGUAG